AUCCUUCUGAUAACCUUUUUCCCGCCUAAACUUAAACAGUGCAGAAGUAGAGAGGCAGAGUAUGGACAUCUCAUCUCAUAUUGUGAAAUCUGAAGUGAAUUACAAAGAAAAAAAAUGGUCUCUGCAUCAAACCCUAACCCUAAACCUAAAAAUGUUUACCACAUCGGAGGUCUGGAAGUAGAAUUUCCUUACCAACCAUAUGGGUCUCAGUUUGCGUUUAUGGGUAGAGUAAUCUCUACCCUCAAUCAGGCUCGGAGAGAAGGCCACUGUCACGCGUUGCUCGAGUCUCCAACUGGCACCGGCAAGUCCCUUUCGCUUCUCUGUUCAUCUCUCGCUUGGCAGCACCACUAUAAAUAUACAAGACCACCUCAAUCCCCCCCGGAGGCAACCACCGAUCCUCUGGCUUAUGGCGGCGGAUUUGUCAUCGAGGAGCUUUCACUAUCUUCUGCAUCUGAAAACCCGGACCGUACGCAAACUGAGGCUAACAACAAGAAGCAGAAGAAAAAGGAAGCACCGACUAUUUAUUACGCUUCGAGAACGCACUCACAGAUUUCUCAAGUGGUGCACGAAUUGCGCAAAACUUCAUACAGGGUACCAAUGGCUGUGUUGGCAUCGCGGAAACAUUACUGCACAAAUAAAAAUAUAAUUGGCAAAGAGAAUAUCAAUGAAGAAUGUAAACUAUUAUUGAAAGAUGAGGCAACAGGGUGUCCAGAAUUCAAAAAUGCUCAUAAAGUCAAAGGUCAUCCAUCCCUUCAGAAAGGAGGAUGCAAUGAGGUGCAUGACAUAGAAGAUCUCGUAAAAGUUGGACAAUUGGUCAAAGGGUGCUCUUAUUAUGCUGCUCGUUCUAUGUCAGAUGAUGCACAAUUGGUAUUUUGCCCUUAUAGCUAUAUCAUUAAUCCAGUCAUCCGGGCAGCAAUGGACGUGGAUAUCAAAGGAGCCGUAGUGAUUCUUGAUGAAGCUCACAAUAUAGAGGACAUUGCUCGUGAUGCUGGAAGUGUGGAUAUUGAAGAGGAUGUUUUGGAUAAACUACAAAUGGAACUCCAACAACUUUGUUCAAUUAAUACUGCAAUUUACCAACCACUAUAUGAAAUGACACAGGGCCUUACUAGUUGGAUGGAACGGAAGAAAAACAAACUCGAAAGACGUGAUUUUCACCACUAUGUAUCGUGUUGGACUGGUGAUAAUGCUUUACGAGAGCUUGAAGAAGCAAAUAUUUCGAAGCAGUGUUUCCCUAUCUUGCUGGAAUGUGCUACCAAGGCAAUCAAAGUUGCUACAGACUUGGAGACAGAUGAACCGCGUAUAAGUGGCACGGCAGUGAUAACAUUGGAAGGCUUAUUCUCGUCUCUAACUUAUUUCUUCUCAAGAAAUGGAUCUCACAUGUUGGAUUACCAGCUUGCUCUUCAGCGAUGUGUUAAAAAAGAUACUGGAAGAGCUACUGGAAACUGGACAUGCGCUUUUAGUUUAUGGUGUUUGAAUCCAGCAGUUGUGUUUAGAGAUGUUGCUGAGCUUUCUUUAUCAAUUAUCUUGACUUCAGGAACACUAUCACCGUUGGCAUCCUUUACUUCUGAGCUUGGAGUUCAUUUUGAAACUAGUCUAGAAGCUCCUCAUGUAAUUGAUGUUGACUCACAGGUGUGGCCUGCUGUAAUCUCCACUGGUCCUGGCAAUUAUCCUUUGAAUGCAAGUUAUAAAACUGCAGAUGGAUAUGCAUUCCAGGACGCAGUUGGAAAUUCUUUAGAGGAAAUCUUCAAGAUUGUUCCAGGCGGAUGCCUUGUGUUCUUUCCAAGUUAUAAAUUGAUGGACAAAUUAUGCAACCGUUGGGCUGAAACAGGUCAAUGGUCUCGACUAAAUGCAGAAAAACCCCUUUUUGUCGAACCAAGAGGAGGAAGCCAAGAUGAUUUUGAACUGGUAUUAAAAGGGUAUUAUGAUUCAAUUCAUUGCGAAAAAAGACCUGCGCGGGGAAGGAAAAGAAGGAUUAAGACAAUAGAUCUAAAUCGUGUUCAGGCAGUUGAUUCCCUACCGAAUUCUAGGAAAGGAGGAGCAGCUUUACUUGGUGUUUGUCGAGGAAAGGUUUCUGAAGGAAUUGAUUUCUCCGAUGAUAAUGCUAGAGUAGUUAUUAUUGUUGGUAUUCCAUUUCCAAAUAUAAAUGAUAUUCAAGUUGCAUUGAAGAAGAAAUAUAAUGACACCUACAAAUCAUUCAAAAGUCUAUUGAGUGGAAAUGAGUGGUACUGCCACCAAGCAUUCCGAGCUUUAAAUCAAGCCGCAGGGCGCUGUAUACGUCAUAAAUUUGAUUAUGGAGCAAUUAUCCUAUUGGAUGAACGUUUUCAAGAAGAAAGAAAUAAGGCAUUCAUUUCAAAGUGGAUAAGAAGACCGUUGAAAGUAUAUGACAGCUUUGAUUUGUCAUUGGAGGGAUUAAAGUCUUUCUUUGAGAAUGCGAAGGAACAUUAUGGCAUAAAUACAGUGCAUGCGACACAGAGUUUGGAUAUAAAUGGGCAUGAUGUCCAUAAGAAGGAUCAGAAUGCAUGUUCCACAAGAAAAAAAAAUCAGAAGCUGAACAAGUCUGAUAAUGGAGAUGAGAGAGAAACAACAAUGAUCGAGAAUAGCAUUUCUUCACCCACCCUAACCUCUCAAGAUCUUGUUGAGUGUCAGCCAUCAGCUCAAAAGAAUAGUAACACUUACCGUCGUAAAUAUCUCCCACAGUACUUUAAAAAGACAGAUCCAAGGUUCACUGUGGAAUCAUCUCUUGCAAUCAUGCACGAGGAAACUUCCAUUGUCAAGGAAACCCCUUGUAUAGACGUUGACUAUGGUUCCAGUAUCCCUCAUUACUCCAAAGAUGACAACUCUGGCUCCUUCAUAAUUGAGGCCCCAGCUCAAAUUCCAGAUCAAGUGUCAAGUCUUUCAAUGUCUUUGACUACUGGAAGCACAAAUUCUUCAAGGGCUCAGUCUUCAAUUACAAUUACUCCCAAAAAGAAUGUAAUUACAAAUGAUAUUCCAGAAAUGGAAAGUGUUAAUUCUUACCAUCAUAAAAGGAUGAGGCCCGCAGUCACUCCUUAUAUAAACCUUGUUGAAGAAGAAAACUCUAUUGCACCUUGUGCCAGUCCUCCUCUUACACGGUACAGAAAGAGCUCUGUAGUUGUUAGAGAGACAACUCAGGGAAGUGAAUAUGAUUUUGAGAGGAUUUUGAAGUCAAAUUCUCCUCCAUUACUGAUAAGCAAUAAUAUACCUGGUUCAUGUUCACCAACUGCCCCUCCACUAGACCAAAAAUUAUUGAUUUUUUGUUCGCUCUGCAAAAGUCCAUUAGGCCGACCUGAGAACCAUCUAUAUCUUACUUGCUCGUUGAUUUCAUCAUCAAAAGUUCAUUUGAGAUCCCUUUUGAAACAGAGGCUGAGAACUUGCACUACUGAUACUUCAAAGAGUAUUCCAGUUCUCAUUACUGAUUCUUUAUUUGUUGAUCAACGAAUUUGCAAUAGAAUACCCAAAAGCGCACCAGAACACAGUAUUUGGUGUCCAGAAGAUGGGUGUGUUUUCAGCACCCUUUUCUGCCCCUUUUGCAGUAAUGGCAGCAAUUUGCUAGGAGUUCAGGUCAUGGCUACCGACUCAUCAAAUGUUCAGUUGCUUGACAAGAUUUUGUUUUACUUUGAUUCAUUGGACGUGAAGAGCAGUGAGGAAUCAGGGAACAUUGCUUCAGGGAAAGUGGAUCUGUCUCCGGUUAAUGACUCUGAUGAGGAUAAAAUUACUGUCUUAAAUUCUAUUGAAAAAUAUUCUUAUCUUCACCGACCAGGGAAUGAAGAAGUUUGGAAGACAGGAAAAUCAAAGCAAACACCAAGAGGCUUACGAUGUGCAGCAAACAAAAGCUGAAGCCAGAUUAAUUUGUUUUCCGGUCUUCAAGGUCUGUCUGCCUCCAUCGCUCACCACCCGCAAAUUACCAGAUACUAAGUAGGAACAAUGACAUGUCUCGGUGAUAUCGGAAUAUCUCAUAGUUACCGCCAAGAUAACAAUGACCCGAAUUGUAGUGGUGCUUCUGUACAGCAAGUUAUAAAAAAUUGUUUUCUCUUUGUACAUUCUGGAAGAUGAUUUCUAGUUACAUAUGUUGACUCAACAGAGUUUUUCUGUUUUUCUGUAAA